GGGCGGAUUUUGAAAAGGAUUCAACAUUACACAAUGAGACGGAGGAAGGAAUAUUAUUGAAAACAAAACCAGGACAAAGGAAAAAUAUAAUUUUGAAGAUGAAAUUAUGUUCUCCGCUUCUGGUAAUCAUGCUCACGACUGUGGCAGCCACUCCUUGCCUAUUCAACAGCAUGUGCACGUGCAAGACGGACGAAGCGUUACGGAUGCAUAUCGCAUGCGUUGCAGUUCCUUUGUAUACAAUUCCAGAAGUAGCAACGGGUACACGGAUAAGUCAUAUGGAUGUCAUGUCGUCGGAGAUUGAGUCCGUCGAAAAUGACAUUUUACAAGGGACGCACAUCGAAUCACUGCGGCUGAUGAGCAAUAGAAUCGGAAUUAUAUCCGAUAGAGCGUUCGCAUCGUCCGGAUCAGUUCUUCGGGCACUCGACCUCAGUUAUAACCAGUUGGAUAAGGUGCCACUUAAAUCUUUCUCAAAUAUAAAAAAUUUAGAUUGGCUCAAUUUGCACGGUAACAAUAUCGAAGUAGUGGAAACAUACUGGAAUCAUUUGCAAGACACAUUGCAGCACCUGUUCAUUGGUGAAAACGAUUUAACAUCGUUCCCAGAUCAUUUUUCAAAACUACGAACAUUAUCUACUUUAAAUCUGGAUAAUAAUUUGAUCACGUCUAUACAACCGAACAUUAAAACGCCACCGGUGCUUGAAACUCUGAGCAUAUCCAAUAACUUCUUGCAAGAAUUUCCUGUCUCACUUAUUGAAACGGGAACUGCGCUGAACAGAUUAUAUGUACGAGACAAUUACAUAGUGAACAUAACGAAAAUUGUUCCGAACAGAUUUGUCAAACUGGAUAUACUAGAUCUGGGCAUGAACCAAAUGGAGAGUUGGUCAGGUCAGAUGUUCGGGGGUCGUUCAGAAGUGCGGAAUCUACAUUUAGAUAUGAAUCGAUUGGAGACGCUGGACGCAAACGCUUUCGACGGGUUGCGAUCGGUUCGCAUGUACCUGUCUCGUAACAGGUUGAAAAAUUUGGACCACAAGACUUUCGAAGGACUGGAAAGGAUACUGGAGUAUUUAGACCUGGAGCACAAUAAUUUAGGAAUGAUACCGACGGCGAUUAGAACUUUGAAAAAUUUAAAGUUUUUGUACUUGUCGUCAAACGAUCUCAGUCAAUUGAACACGGCAGAUUUUACCGGCGUUUCGUCGAGUCUACGAUCGCUUUCACUAUCCGGCAAUCGUCUGUUAGAAAUACCUAGCCAUUCGUUAACGAACUGUACUAAACUCUCGCAUUUGAACUUGGGCUACAACUUUAUCAGAGAAAUAAGAGAAAACGACUUUGGGGAAUGGGCCACGCACCUGGACACGUUGUUGUUGAUGAACAACAAGUUGAAGGAACUCACCGGACGACCGUUCAAGAAUACGACCACCCUGCGCGAACUGAGUUUGUCCUUCAACAACAUCCAUUACAUAGAUGCCGACGUGUUCAUGGAUCUGGCCACGUCGUUAGAAAGCUUGGAAAUCAGUUUUGGCGUUUACUACGAUAGCUUCCCCGUUAAAAUGCUCAGUCAUCUCAAAUCUCUGAUGUGGUUAGUGCUGGACAACAACGACAUCUCGUCCGUGCCGGUGAACUCAUUGCACUCGCUGGACAGUCUUCAGUACGUCAAUCUGGAAUCCAACAGGAUAUCGGUGUUGGUGCCAGGUACGUUCGGCUCGCCGAACCAAACAUACCUGCGUGAGGUGAGACUGAACCAAAACUACUUGAUGUCCCUGGAGCCGAACACGUUCCACGACCUGCAGCAGCUGCAAACGAUCACCGUGUCGCGGAACAAAAUCAUUGAAGUUAUGUCGCGCGCGUUUAACAAGCUGCCGAGGCUGCUCAACGUCGACCUGUCGUAUAACCGCAUCGAGUACAUCCAGCCGUCGGCGUUUGAACGACUGCCAGGGCUGAAACGUCUGGACCUGCAGGGCAACCAGCUGAAGGAGCUGCGGAUGGCGUCAUUCGCCAACUCCACCAAUCCGAAGACGCCGCUGGUCCUGAACGUGUCCAACAACUGCAUCGAAAUGGCCCCGGUGGACCAUCCGCUGACGGCCGUCCACGUGAGGACGCUGGACCUAAGCUACAACAGCCUGGCGGACGUGCCGUACAGGCUGCUACACUUCGUAUCGGCGUCGCUCAGGCAUCUCUACCUGGACCACAACCGGAUAACGAGCGUGUACAACGCGGAGUUGGUGAACCUCACGGGGCUGGAGGUGCUGUCGAUGACCGGUAACGGAAUGACGUCGGUCGCGUCUAAAGCGUUCCACAACCUGACCUCGCUGCAGGUGCUCCGGCUGUCCGACAACCGCAUACAGCAGCUGUCGCCCGACCAGUUCGCCACGCUACCCAGGCUUCGCGUGCUGUCGCUGGCCAGGAACCAGCUGACCGCACUCGGCUGGGACGCGGUGCCGGGCGUGGCGCCGCUCGAGUUCAUCGACCUGUCCGACAACCGGCUGCUGGCCGUGCCCGUGAGCAUGCUGACGGCAACGGGCUCGACGCUACGGCACCUGCUGCUGUCCGGCAACCGCAUUGAUCACGUCGACGGCACCACGUUCUCGGACGUGACCAGGCUAGCCAACCUGAGCCUGGCCAAUAACAAACUAACCAUCAUCCCGGAUAACACGUUCGUCGGGCUCACCGGUCUACUCGCACUCGACUUGUCCUCCAACAACCUCCGGGCCAACUUCAAAGAGCUGUUCCAUUACGUGCAGAACGUGAGGCAUCUAAAUUUAGCCGACACGGGGCUCGUCGAUACGCCACUGCUGCCACUCCCGGGAUUGAUAUCGCUCCGGCUGUCACACAACAAGUUGGAAAAGGUGUCCAGAUCGUCCAUGGAAAUGCUGUCCCGCUUAAAGACGCUUUAUCUGAACGACAACAGAUUGACCUCGUCCCCAUGGAAUGUAUGGUCGCUGCUGCCGUCGUUGAAAACGUUAGACCUGUCGGCCAACCCUAUAAAAACGAUCACCAAAGCGAGUUUUUCCGGUCUGUCCCGUUUACAACAUUUGCGGGUGCAGCAGCUGCAGUACGCGGACCGUUUCGAUGCGGGAUCGCUUUCCAAACUGUCCACUCUUCGGUCAUUGGCCACAGACUGGCGACCGAACAUCGGGCAGAUCGUGUGCGCCGCGGUCAAGUCCAUACGCAGCCUUUCGGUGCGUGUGAACCGGUUGCGACUGCCCGGGCCCAUCGUGGACACGUGCGGUCCCAAGCUCGAGUCCGUGGCCAUCACAGGGCCGGAGCUAAGGUUCGUCGAUGCUCAAGUGUUCGCGGGGCUGGGCCGCGGGGUUGGCGAACGGCUGACCAUCAGCAUCCGGCACACGUCCAUUGAGGACCUGCCAGCUGACCUGCUUCUGCCGCUGUCCGGUGUGCCCAAGCUCGCGCUAGACCUGACCAGCAAUCGGCUCACGUCGCUCAACCCACUAACCGUAUACUCCAACUACACUACGUGGGAGAACUCCGGCACUAAUAUUCUCAGAGGUGGCCUGUACCUGGACGACAACCCACUACAGUGCGACUGCGGGCUGCUAUGGCUGGGCCAGUGGCUGCGCCGGUGGCUACGUGAAGCCGUGCAGGUGCACACCCUGGGCAUGGCCGAGGCGCAGCUGGCCCAGUGGACGGCGCGGCGGGCGACGUGCGCGGAUCCGAGGAACGGCGGGGCGCGCGUGCCCGUGGCCGACAUCUACCCAGAGGACCUGCGGUGCAAGGCGAGUGCGCUUAGCGGCAGCGGCACCGGCAACACGGCCACCAAGACGUCCCACCUGAUCGUCUGCCUGGCCCGGUCGCUGGCCGUCUUCUACAUGGUCACCGUCUGGUGCAACGUCUACUAAGUGCCGCGUUGCGAGUCGCACCGGUCGACGGUCACGAACAGCGGCACGUGCCGGAACCAACGCCAGACAUGUUGGUCGCACCGCUGUUGUUGUUAUACACCCCUUAUAUUAUAUUCGUGUCCCUGUUGUACUAGUCCUGAAGAACACGGCAAACGCUGAAAAAUAAGUUUUCUUCUCUCUCUCUCACCCUUAACAUAACCCACUGAUCCUCACUGAUUAUACCGUACGUGCGUGGGCCGACCUGGGAACCGCGGUAACCGCCCACGACCAAUACGCCUUCGUACAGCGCGGUAAUCGAAUUCUGAAGGGGGAAGGAUGUACCGACGGCUAACGCGAUCCCUGCAGGAUGAAAAUGUGAUCUAAUCGGAACUCGAGUUCACCGCCGACCUGUUCGAAAGUCACGUCGUUGUCCCUCGAUCGGCUUACGUACUACAACGUGUAAUAUAUUACGACAAGAUCCGCCGACGGGCUGUAAUAAUACCUUGGUCGUAUCGUUUACACGAAAAUCGCAUCGCCCGUAACGCGUCCGGUACGAAAUUGUUUAAAAUUCUUGUUUCGCGGGAAUAAACGUUUUUAGUUUUUUCUAAUAUCGCACGCGGAACCGACGGCACCGACGAGAAUGACGUAGUGUAAUCGCCGACAAGUUAUAAAUAGCACUUACUCCCUCACUCAUUCACCAGAAAAAAUGUCUAAAAAAAAUAAAAUAUGUGACCUGUCGUCCCGGUCGUGGGGAGUUCGAGUUGUUUUUCUACGUCCAUUAUUGUACAGCUGAUGCGACAAUCGCAUUAUAUUUUACUAACUGCAAGACGUAAAACUGCGAUUUCAAGCACUCGCAACGGAGCCCACGCGAUUCCGCAUGAAUCUUCCGCAUUUGAAACAACACGGAUAAAAAAUUUUUCGGAUCAGAUGCGAAACACACACACAACAGACGCUCGCUAUUCGUACCCACCCAUCUUUGCCAAUAUUAUGUAUAUGUGUACGGGCGUUACGCCGCUGAUCGUUUUUUGUUACACACGGAUGUGGCUCACGUCCAUAUUAUUACUGUAUUUUUAAGUAUUAUAAUACCCAUUGGAGGAGGAGAGAGAACUUUAAAGAAGUUUUGAAGUGCUCGAGUGAAAACAAUUAAUACUUCCAACGUUAACCCGUACCGUAAGCCUCAGAACAGAAACAUACCAUUAUCAAUAUUACCGUGUAUCUAGUAUUACAAAUAAUUUCAAUUUUUUAUUUAUUUUUUUCGCUUUCGUUAAUCUUUCAUUAUAUCCCAACUCAACGUACGUAAACAGAAAUUAUUUUACCCAAACACGUUUGUUCGUUGGAAAUAAUAUAUUUUGCAAUUAUUGAUUUUCUUUCUUUUUAUUUUUUAUCCAAUCGUAUUUGUUUAUUCGAAGAUUAAAAUCCCAAACUGUUUAUUAUAUUCAAGUAACGAUUGCGCCCCGCAGCAUAAUCGCCGUCGGUCGGUUGACGUUCAGGUGAAAUUUUCACUACUCGAAAUGAUAGUGGCGUAUAACACGUUCUAUGGGAUAGUAAAUUUCAGUUUAUUGACAACUCAAGGAAAUAUUUACUUUAUCCAGACCGAUCAAUGUGUUAAAUGACUAUCAUAUUCUUAACAUUACGACGCUUAUUUCUAUCAUUUUAUAACGACCACGUUCCAUUGAUUCCCAAUAUUGAUCUUUGUUUGAUGCACAAUUAUGAUUUUUCAACGAUAUUUUGUGUACUCGUGGCGAAAUCUUUAAACGACCAUAUGUUCCCUGCGUGUGAAUUUAAUAAAAUCGAAUGGGGAGAGAAUUCUUUGAAAGGAAACAACGAGAUCUUUAUAGAGUAGCUGGUAUUUUUUAUUGAAAACUAAAAUUAAAUACGGUUGACCAAUUUAUAUCUGAAUAGUUUUCAGUUCUUUGACCUUAUUCAUAAUGAGUCAUAUUUUAUGUAAAAAAAAAUAACGUAUAUCUUUUUAUUAUAACUCUGAGAAUUAUCUCAGUUCUAAUUUUUUUUAUUUAUUUUUCUUUUUACCGAGCCAAAUGAAAUGUAAACCAUUAUAUCGAUUCAAGAUCAUAGGAAAAAUACGAAAUAUUAAAAAUAAUAUAUUUUAUUUUGUAUGUUAUGCGUUUUACAAAAGUUCAUAAUAUACUCGUUUAUAUUUGUAUAUAUAAGUGUAAUAUAAUAUUUGUUCUAUGAAUAGUUUUACUAUUCAAGCGUUGUUCUCAGAGGAAUAAACAUUUUGACAAGGAAUAAUUUGUGUCCUUCAAAAUACCACUUCAUCCUUCCAAUUAUUUAUAAUAUUAUACGGUAGAUGUGUUUGUUUAUUUUUACCUUUAAAACCAUUAUAAAUAUUUAUAGUUUUUUGUUGAUCAAAUAAACCUGUAUACAUGUAACGCUUACUUUUAAGACAGCUUUGUUUUGUAAAUAA